AUGCGUCACAAGAAAGACUUUGCCAAUCGUGGCCGCAAAGGCAAACAUAUUCCAUCGGACCGCGAAGAUUUCGCCGGCAAACGUCCUCCUUACAAGGCCGCAGCGUGGGAUCUCAACCACUGCGAUGCAAAACGCUGUUCAGGAAAACGUCUGAUGCGAAUGGGUUUGAUGCGUGAGUUGCACGUUGGACAGAAGCAUAGCGGGAUUGUCGUCUCGCCCAAGGCCAAGACGAUCAUUUCACCGGCCGAUCGUGAUAUUCUCGAGCAAUAUGGUGCGGCAGUGGUGGAAGCCAGCUGGAAUCGGAUCGAGGAGGUGCCGUGGACCAAGAUUGGUGGGCCAAACGGACGCUUACUGCCCUACCUUAUUGCUGCGAACCAGACGAACUAUGGCAAACCGUGGCGGUUGAACUGUGUGGAAGCAUUGGCGGCAUGCUUCGCGAUUUGCGGGCAUUUGGAAUGGGCGGAGGAUAUCUUGAGUGGCUUCUCUUACGGGCCGAGCUUUUUGGACAUCAAUGAGGAGGUUCUGGCGAGGUAUGCGGCUUGUAAGGAUGAAGAGGAAGUCAAGGAGGCAGAGAAGGUGUGGUUGGAGAAGAUUGAGAAUGAAUGGAAGGAAGAUCGAGAGGCGCGGGAGGACAACAAGGACGAUGCUUGGAGAGGUGGCAACAUGAAUCGAAGGCAGCCUAAGAUGAGGAAGGAUAAAGAUGACGAGGAUGAAGAUGAAGAUGAAGAGGGUAGCGACGAUGACAGCGAUGCCAGCAGUAUGGGUGGMAUCCAACUCGGUGGACCGAAACCUGGCGACCUUCCUCCUAAUUCAGACGAUGAAGCGGAAGAUGACGACCAGGAUCCAUACGGUAUGCCGCCCGAUGACGAUGACGAGGAAGAAAUGGCCGAGCUGCGCCGCCGUGUACUCGCCAGCAAGCCCUUUGUCAACCCAUCAAAACGUCCCGAAGAGGAACGUCAGGCGCCGGAGAAGAUUCAGCGUCCGUCAGCUCCUGACGUGAAUCCACAGCUUCCCGAGGAUUCCGACGCUGAAUCUGGUUCUGACAUCGGAGGCGAAGAUGAAGACUUUGAUAACAUCAUGAACGCCGCACCGAUUACUGAUCGCGCAGGCAUCACGGCGGCACAGCGGAAGCGAGCGAUGGAGAAGGAGGGAAAGCUGAGUGCGACUUUUAGUCGGGCUGUCAUUGAUGCCGGGCGGAGACCACCGUAG